AUGUUGUUGAGGUCCUCGCUCAACCUGCUCGUCACUGCUGCUGCAGUUGGCAUCACAGCACAGUACUGCGAUCUCCCAGCUACGCCACAAUGGGCUUCGACACCGGAUGGACCGCUGGCACAGCCUAUGCACAACUGGACCUCACUGAAAGACUUCACCCACGUGCCAUACAACGGCUCUCAUCUCGUGUACGGCUCCCUCGUCAACAACAGCAGCUACAGCUCGAUGAACUUCGGCCUGUUCAAGGACUGGUCGGAUAUGGCUACUGCCAGCCAGAAUGGGAUGAACAACCCUACGGUCGCGCCAACGCUCUUCUACUUCGCACCCGCUAGCAUCUGGGUGAUUUGUUACCAAUGGGGCGGCCACUCCUUCAGCUACAGGACUUCUAGCGACCCAACUAAUGCCAAUGGAUGGGGCCCUGAGCAAGCUCUCUUCGACGGAUCGGCUGCGGGUGCACCUUACGGUCCCAUCGAUCAGACCUUCAUCGCCGACGACGAGAACGCAUAUCUGUUUUUCGCUGGUGACGACGGGCAGAUUUACCGUUCCAGUAUGGCACUCGGCAGCUUCCCUGGCAACUUCGGCACGUCUUCCCAGACCAUCCUCAACGAUACGGUCGAAAACCUUUUUGAAGCUGUCCAGGUCUACAAGCUCAAAGGUCAGAAGAAGUGGCUUAUGAUGGUCGAAUGUGAAGGCUCCGUAGGUCGUUACUUCCGUUCUUUUACGGCUACCGACCUCGCUGGCAACUUCACCGAGUUGUCAGGUCUCGAGAGCAACCCCUUCGCAGGUAAAGCAAACACCGCUAUCACGUGGUCGAAUGACAUCAGCCAUGGUGAUCUCAUCCGUAGCACCAACGACCAGACGUUCGAGAUCGAUCCCUGCAAUCUUCAAUUCUUGAUCCAGGGGCGUGGUCCGUCGACCGCAGACUACAAUGACCUGCCAUGGAGGCCUGCUCUUCUGACUCUCCAGAACCCAGUUCCCCUGCAGGGUGGCAGCAAUAGCAGCACUACCAAGACUGCCAGCAGCACGACCUUUACAACCAGCACGACAAAGAUCUCCACUUCGACUGUACCUACCACGACCAGCACAACGAAGAUUUCUACCUCGACUGCACCUACAUCCAGCAGCAUAUCUCACAGCAGUAGCACGUCACACAGCACAUCACACAGCACUUCCCACUCGACUUCGCAUACCAGUACUUCUACCAAGAAGACCACUUCGACAGUCAAGGCAACGUCGUCUUCAAAGAGUGUUACCAAACCAGCAGGACCUCCUACUCCUCCUGCCGGCCCGCCUCCACCGCCACCUGGACCUCCCGGUCCACCUCCUCCACCAGGUUAUGGACCUCCUCCUCACUACAUUUAG